GUCGUCCAGUCCAAGAGGCUUCACAUCAUGGCUCUUGUGGUUUACCCAACAUUGCCUUUUUUUUUACCGACAACCAUCAAUCCUGUUUACAGUCAAUGUGUCUAGAAUGCUACUUUUGUAACUACUAAGCUACCAACUAUUUUAAAUAGUGUCAAAGAAGUGUGACGAUCGUAUUUUUAAACAGUGAAGAGGGAAAGUAUUUGAGGUCAUGGGGAACUCAGAGCGGGUCUGUUGGAUUAUUGUGGAGUUUGCCUGCAGGAUUCUUGGUGUUUCUACAGCAACAGUGUUGUGUGCUGUGGGAGUGGAGACCUUGAAACAGGGAGAAUUCAGUAGCCUCGGUAUCUACCUAAUAGUGUCAUCUGUUGGCAUCAUGAUGUUUGAACUGGCCUAUUUCCUGGACACGCUUCUCUUCAUGUGUCUACCCUGUCCUCCAGACUGGCAGCUGUUUGUGUUGUGGGGGAAGAUGGCUCGCAUUGGAGGCUUUCAUAAAUUCCUCUAUUACUCCAUAAUGUCAGUGGUCUGCUUCUUGCACCCUGUGUUGGUGUGGCACGCAAUCAUCCCAGGGACAAUGCUUCUGGUGACAGCCUUUUUGAACUUUAUACUAAGCAAAAAAACAACGAUCAAAUCUCCCAAAAGACCCCAAGAAAGCCACAGCGACCAAGGCCUGACCACUAUCUGUGUGACAGAGGGGACCCCCUCAAACAGCACCGUCUCAUUCCUCCACGUGGUGACAGGAAGGAGAGGGGGAGGACAGGCACUUGCAACCAGAGGCCGGUGCCUCGGUCUGGGAGAGAGAGGAGAGAGCGUCCAGGCCAUGCUGGAGCUGGAACAGACAAUAGCGCCUAAAGGCACAGACAGGGAGAGGAGGAGGUGGAAAGAAAGGAGACUGAUCUGCUUGAGAGGUAGGGAGGAGCCUGUGGAGAGAGAGAUGGAGGAGAUGGACAGUUACUGUGAGCCAGAGCCAGACACCACCUCAGACACUGCGCCUAUGAUUACUGACUGAACGUCCCUCUGCGCUCAGACCAAGCUCCUUACUGAUAUCACACAAAGGAAAGCAUGUGUAAUGUAUUCGUACGGACUAGCUGGUGCUGUGGUGGAUGUUAAGCAUACACAUAACAUUAUCAAAUGUCCAAGCAGCCAAAAUAGCAUUUUUGG